CUUUCUAUGGAAUAGUCUCUAAUUUUCAGUGACAGUGCUACUGAAACUAAAAGUUCUUUCCUAAUUGAUUUUGCUAUUUAUUUAUAUUUUAAUAAGUAACUUUUUACAUUUAUGCAUUAUUUUUAGUUUCUAGUGUACAUGUAAACGACAGAGAACUUUUUUUAUGUACGUGUAAACUUUGUCAUACAUGUUUAUUUACAUGUUAAAUUAAUAACCUAUAAUCAUUUCAUUUAAAGAUAUUUAUUGUUAAACAUGGAAAUUAAUAAUGAAAAUAUUGUACAAGCUGUGGUGAUAAUGGACAUUUUCAAUAACAACUUUGAUCCAAUAUGCAACAAUAAACCAAUGGCUUUUUUGUCAGUUGCGGGUGUUGCAUUAAUUGAUAAUGUACUCGAGUCUUUGGCUUUGGGAGGAGUGGGUGAAACAAUUCUGUUUUGUUGUCAAGAUGGAUCAAAAGUGAAGGAACACCUUAGGAAAUGUAGUCAAAUGAAAGCAACAUGGAGUCUAACUAUGGAGGUCAAUGUUUUAACAUCAGAGACUUGUCAAACUAUGGGUGAUGUAAUGCGAGAGAUAUAUGAAACUGGUCUUAUCAGAGGAUACUUUGUCUUAAUGAAUGUGAACAGUAUUACCAACAUUAAUUUUGCAUUCUUAUUGGAAGAACACAAACAGAUUUCUAAAAAGGAUAAAGGUGCUGCAAUGACUUUGGUAUAUAAGAAAGUGUCAUGGGAACAUCCUCUAAUAAGUUGGGAUAAGCCUAUUUUUCUAGCUGCUGAUGGAAAUACUAAAAAAAUACUAAUUCAUGAAAAAUAUAGACCUAAGUCAAAGGAUAAGACAAUUAAUUUACCUUUGGAGGUCAUACUAAGCCAUUCAGAAGUUAAGUUACACCACAAUCUCGCUGAUGCCAAUAUUGCCCUUUGCUCACCCUCAGUGCUUUCACUUUUUUGUGAUAAUUUUGAUUUUCAAACUCGUGAUGAUUUUAUUCAUGGUAUCCUAAUAAAUGAAGAAAUUCUAGCUAGUUCAUUAUACUACGUUUUAUUAAAAGAUCAUCAGUAUGCUGCAACUGUCUCGAAUUGGAAAACUUAUCAAGUUAUUUGCCGAGACAUUUUGCAUAAUUGGGUUUAUCCAUUGUCUAUAGAAUCUGGAUCGUUUUAUCAAAAUAAUUAUGUCAGCACAGGAAAUCAUAUUUUUCGUGAUACAAGUUCUAUAUUGAGCAGAUCUUGUACAUUGUUUGAAGAUGUUCUAAUUGGAUCAGAUACACAUAUUGGUGAUAAUACUGAAGUGACGAAAUCUAUGAUAGGGAAGAGAUGUAAGAUUGGAAAGAAUGUAAAAAUUUGUGGUAGUCAUAUUAUGGACAAUGUUGUUAUCAAUGAUAAUUGUAAUAUAUCUAAUAGUUUCAUUGAUGAAAACUGCAUCAUUGAGGGAAAUUCAAAAGUGGAAAAUGGUACAAUUAUAGCAUCUGAGGUCACUAUAAAAACCGGUACUCAAUUAAAUGGAAAUAUUAUAAAUUCUGAAACUGACAAAGAAAAUGAAAAAACCUUACAUAAAUCUACAUCUGAAGGUGAAUGGGAGAAUGAUUCCUCGGGUGCUGGAGUUGAUGAAUUUAUUGGAUUUGAGAAAUCUUGGAGUGACAGUGAAUCUUGUUAUUCAUCCGAUAGUAGUGCAGAAUCUUCUCUGCCUGAUUCACCUGUACCGGAAGAUACUAAUAUAUUCCUUCAAGAGGUAAUCGAUAGUUUGGCCAGAGGAUAUGAUGAAAAGUUGAAGUGUGAUUUUCUUAUAUUAGAAAUCAAUUCAUCAAGAUAUGCAUACAACAUCCAGCUUCAUGAGGUCAACUUCUUUGUAGUGAGAGCAUUGCUUAGUUUGCCAGUUCUUACUGAAAGUAAAAAUGUACUAAGUACUGUAAAAAAUAUAUUAAAGUUCUUCCGUCCAGUCUUAUCUAAUUACAUAAAGACUAAAUCUUCUAUAAUGGAUUGCUUGAAGGCUAUUGAAGAUAGUUGUAUUAAAUGUGAAUGGCUUGAUGGCAAAGCUGGCCAGAUACUACAUUUAUUUUAUGAAGAUGAUGUUGUAGAUGAAGACUCAUUACUAGAGUGGCGUGAAGAUUUGAAAGAGAAUGAAAGUCCCAUUUUCAAUCAAACUUCAAUUUUGAAGUUCUUUGAAUGGCUUCAAGAAGCAAGUGAAGAAAGUGAUUCAGAUUGAACUGUAUUAUUAAUAUUGUAAUAUAAUAAAUAAAAGUUUUUAAUUAAGAGUAA